GGUUUUGGCCACUUCCUUCCUGACCCUGCCCGAGCUGACCAGUGGCCGGUCCCCGGAGGUAGGCGAGGUGGGCGAUGAGGUGACGGUGACUGGCCACCUGUACCUGGUGGACCCCGUCACUGGGUCACGUGAGAGCUUCUCCCGGAGACAGCUGGGUGAGGCGGCGGGCGCUACACACGACCUGAGGCUGGAGCUGAGGUCAGAGGGCACGACCUUUGACCUCUCGCUGGAACAGGGCAGCGUGUGGACGCCGGAGUCUCGGGUGGUGGUGAGGACCACGGCCGGGGGGGAGGAGGAGGAGGAUAUUCUAGAGGAGGUGCCGGUGACGGUCAGAGCUUCCUGCUACCUCUCCGGCGAGGUGACAUCACACCAGGACGCCUACGCCAGUCUGAGCGUGUGCGACGGUCUGUCCGGCGUCAUCCACACGAGGGAGGCUUCUUACGUCAUCGAUGACGACAGCGGGGAGGACGAGAGAUCCCCCGCCGAGCGGGACGAAGAGGGUUUUGAGGGGGAGGGGAGGAAGUUGAGUGUGAGGAUCGUGUACCCCCGUGCUGAGCAGGUGGACCUCAGUUACUGGAACUAUCAGCGAGAGAUGGAGUCUCUAGAGGUGGAGGAGGAGAACUAUUUCCCGGAGGUGGUGGAAGACAAAGAUGACGUCACCGGGGACGCAGACACCGUGAGCAGACGUCAAGCUAUGCAGAAAGGCACUGUGGAGGUCGGAGUGUUCUGCGACAAGAACUUCGUCAACUACAUGAACAGGAUCGGGAAGAACUCCCUGCAGAAAGUCACAGACUACAUGAUCGUCAAGUGGAACAUCGUGCGCCGCGUGUACGCCAACAAACAGCAGGUGGGCUCCGACUUCACCGUGCUGCUCAAGUAUGUGGAGCUCUGGAAAACCAACCCACGCUACUACGCCCCGAUCCAAAAUAGCCAGAAAAUGGGCGCACAUUUGAGUGCGUUCUGCAAAAACCACAGAAGCAUGAAUACACUGGAUCACAAAAUGCUCUACACUCACGGGGUCGGGGGAGGAGUUAUGGGCCUCGCUUACGUCGGGGGCGUCUGCCAAACGUACACCAAGUGCUCUCUGGUCAAGAUCAAUAUCCGGGACAUCCACUACUCCAGGAUCGACAUGCACGAGCUGGGCCACAAUCUGGGCUUCAAACACCAGAACCAGGUGAAGGGGUGCGGGGCCAAGUUCGGGUUCAUGAGCGGCGCGAGGUCCUACUUCUUCACGCCGUGUUACAAGCCGGUCCUGAGAGCCACCAUCGCCAACCGCCGGUGUCUCAAGCAGAACAACGUGGCCAGGCCGGUCCUCAACACAGGGAAGUAAAUCUUAGGCUUAGGCUUUGGUCCCUCAGCGGACAGACUUGCAAACUGUUGCAAAACCCGACCAAGGACACCGACGUCUAACUUACUGCAUCAGGUUACAUAUCGACGGCUGAGUGCAAGAGGUGACUACAUGUAGAUCCACUUUUCAUAGUUUCGGGAAAAACGAAAAUGAACUUUUGACGAUUUUGAAAUAAAAGUUGUUGUUUUUUUUAAAUAUAGUAAUAAAAAAGAAAUGUAAAAGCCUCGAAAACUAAUUAAGCUAUGGCUUAGAUAUUUACAGAGAUAAAAGUGCGGCUUAAAAUCUCACUACCCAUGUAUUGAUUAUUCCAUUUCGACCAAAAGUGGAUAUAGAUCUAGUCACUUUUUGCGUUCAGCCAUUGAUAUAGGCCUACAUGUAUUAUAAUUAUAUUACAUAUAUAUAUAUAACAAGGAUCAAAAUGACACAAGACGGAUCAUAUUUUAGUGUAGUGUAUUCAAUAAGACCCCCAGGUUCCUGACUGCCACGCCGGGGACGGUCCCGGGGAUCUGUGAGGGCUGGCCAGCCUGCAGUGUGUGGACUGUACGGCCACAGGUUUUCUUCCGUGAUGAGCGGACCUCAGCAGAGCUAAUUCAGGACUUGGAAAAAAAAACGUUUUAAAAAAAUCCCUGUUUCAUGGGAAGGUUGUGGGUUUCUGUAUUAUGUAGCUAUCUACAGUGUGUGUUUAUUCGAUGAAAAUAAACUCACGUUGAUCGUAAAA